CGUUGGUCUUCCUUUCCGACAGCAUGGUGUAAUCGAGGACACAAAAUACAACCAUGCGCUUAGAAAAGUGUUAUUUUUGUUCCUCAACAGUUUAUCCAGGUCAUGGAAUUCAAUUCGUAAGAAAUGAUUGCAAGAUUUUCAGGUUCUGCAGAUCAAAAUGUCAUAAAGCAUUCAAGAAGAAGCGGAAUCCCAGGAAAACCAGGUGGACCAAGGCUUUCAGAAAGGCUGCUGGCAAAGACCUCGCUGUGGACCCCUCAUUUGAAUUUGAGAAACGAAGACAUGUACCAGUGAAAUAUAACAGAGAACUAUGGAAGAAUACAGUUACUGCAAUGAAGAGAAUAGAGGAAAUACGAGUCAGAAGACAGAACCAGUACAUUAUUAACAGGUUAAAGAAAGGCAAACAGUUACGAAAAGAAGCCGAUAUCAAGGAGGUUGAGAAAAAUAUUCAUCUCAUCAAAUCACCAGCAGCUGGACAGAGAAAGCUGGAGAAGAAGAUGGUCCAAGUCAUUGAAGAGCAUGACGAUGAUAACAUGGAAGAGAACUAAGGAUACCAGCCAGCUAUGCACAGAUUUCUAGCAAAGGUUUUAAAGGAGGCAACAGCAAAUCCUGAAUUUUGUUUUUAGUGAAUUGUCUCUACCGGACUGCUCCCUCACUUCGUGUAUCCAUUCACCUCACAUGAAAUUGUGAGCAGUGUUCUCCAGACUCUUUCACUCCUUCUCUAAAUGUAAUGUUGAGAAGCAUUGGUUAAUCAGCCGUGUCUGCAAAACUCUGCUCAGUUGGGUGAAAAACAGACUACAUCGACUGUAGAAAUGAAUGGCCUGCAUUUAAGAUUAAAGUUUUCAUUUGGUGGUGAGAAAUCAAGAAAACAGAUCAAAAUGCCGUUUUUAGGCAAUCUACUAAGUAGUCUCCAGUGGAAAGUAAACUUUAAAAAGUUGCUGCCUUAUCGUUUUACGUACGUUUAGAGACUGUUAUCACUGUAAUGUAACUACUCAGUGGAAUUAACCAUCUGUUGGUACUCGGUUUGCUCUAAGGGGAUCAGACUGAUUACAGUCAGCUUAACGUCUGGUAUCACUAUGAUGAGAUCUGGUACUGUAUGUCAAACCAGUAUUUAUAUGUAGAUGUAAGACUCACGAACUCCUCUCAGUUACAUCUGUCCCUCUCCUGAAUAAGCAAGUUUGUCUGUACAAGUGUGUAUGUAUUGCCAAAAAUAUGCUAUAUUCAUUUCUCCCAACUGUUCAAGAAUUGUACUGUCUGUCCCACGGAUUUUCUGAAUUUGUUGAAAUCGUAUAACAGAAGAGCUCAAGUAAGACAUUGCAAAAUUGAUUGUAUCGAUCUUUAGUUUCGCUGAUAAGGUUAAUGGUUGGAGGCUCAGUAUUAGGGCCUUAUUUUGUCUGGUGGUUAAAUUUACGAUAAAUACAUCAACUUUAUUACUGUGUGGGUUUAGCAGAAAAUGGAAUGUGUAUAAAUAGCAGGCAUCGUUAACAAUUCCAUCGCCAUUUUCGACACAGAAAAGUGUGGACAUUUUGACGGACACCAACCUGGUAUUAAAGUAGCCAUGCUUACGUUUA